AUGGCGACGAAGAUUGAGAUUCAGGACCUUCUCCGCUUCCUUACUCUGGAUGCAAAAGUGCCCUUGCCUUCAGCCAUGAGUAAAGUGAAGGAUUUGCAAACAGUCAAUCUGACCAGUGCCACGAGACUUUCCACAAACCGCGCUCCACUUGUCUUAGCUUUCGUUGUCAUUCUACUCAAAUACACUAUGCCAUCGCAGCCCCUCUCAUCUCGCCUCAGCCUUGCUCAAGCGGUCGUGAGCGUGAACAGUAGAAGCAAAGCCGUCAACAUUGGACUCGUGGAGAAAGGCACCGGAGCGGAAGAAGAAGGCUGGGGACUUGGUCAACCAGUAGUGAAGAUAAUGGGUAGGGAGAUAAAAAUCAUGAGGCGCCAUGGGUACGAUCCACAUGAAGGAGCCGCAGUAAAAGCUGAGAACCAGGAGGGUGGAAAUAUCAAAGAGGAAGAGUCUUUAGAUACUGAGUCGACUCUGAAACACGACAAUGAAAGUUUAGAUGAAGAGCCGGCGCUCUGGGGCCUCGACCUCGAAGCGCUUCGUUCAGGAAAUGGACCGCUAUUUCCCACAACCCAGCAGCAGGCAGGCGGUUUAGGCUUACCGGUCUAUAGUGCACAAAAUGCUCGUGCAUAUAUUAUGAAGUCAUUCGCAUCGUUGGAGACAGAAGAGACUCAGAGCUCCUCAUCUAAAAAAGCUUCAGCUUCGGCACAGAGGCUUCAAAAGGAGGAAAAUCUAGCACGCCUUCUUAGGGCUCUGGAUCUGCUAUACCAAUCCUGGGCCCAUAUCCUGUCCAAGGACGAUCUCGACAAGAGAGCUUGGUCUUGGUAUGUAGCCGUUCGACCUGAUGUCAAAGAGGGUGUGGCAGGAUGGGGUGGAAAAGGAGAGGUGCACCUACAGAAGAUACUUGAUAUGAGACGGAAGGGCUAG